CAAACAAGGGGAAUGACCUGAUUUUAAUGAGGGGACUUCUUUUUGUUUCUUCUUUUUCUUUUGAAACAGAUAGUGUUUUAGGUGCCACUUCCCCAAAACCAGUGCAUUUAGGAUCACAAAAGCAUCAGUAACAUUUUUUUUUUUUCCAUGUAUCAAACGUGGCUGAGCAAGACCAAGAAAAAAGCUGAUGUCCCUUUUGAAGGGUUUGGACAACAAAUAAGACAAGCCUUGAUGUAUGAUCUUGGAAGAUUAUAGAGAGAGGGCAGUUGUCAAACCUGGCAGCCAACAGAGGAAAGCUUAAAUCUGUAAAUUACUUUAUUCAUACAAGAAGAAGAGAGCUUGAGGUUUUUUUAUGACGGAGGAUACAAACACCUGAAUUCUGUGACUGAAUCAUCAUUGUUCUGUGUUUUCUCACAGAAAUUCUGAGGUCAGGUCAUAUGUACUAGUGGAAUGGAAUUAAUACCCAACCAAGAACACUGGGCCAGAUUUACUAAUUUCCCUUUCCCUCUCAGCAAUGUUGCUACCUAACUUGUGUUUUAUUUCCCUUGAAUUCUGUCCCAGUGUCUGACCAGAGCUAUUGCUGUCUUGGAGAUGCUGAGCGUCUUGGUGUUCAUCCAAUGUAGAAAUCAACUUAGCAUUGAAGUAGAUGGUGUCCUUACAUGUCUCAGUAGUCUAGAAGGCACUCCCAGUACAUCUACUCCCUGGAUGCAAGGCUAUUGGAGAUGGUGAUUUGAAGAAUAAGAUUUCCGAUAUGAACAAAGUAAAAACAUCAUCUGAAAAAAGGUUAAGAACACUGAAUUCCUGUAUUUUGAAGAACUCUUUCCUAAAUAGAGAAACUGCUUAUUUGAGAAGACAUUUCAGUGUCUCUAGCAGUUCUCGGACUAUGUCUUUGCUGUCACAGCUGGAGAAGAUCAAUUUAGACUGUGUGCUGGGAGAAGCAGAUAAUGCCAGAUAUGUUACUGCAAAGAUCCUUCACUUGGUCCAGAGUCAGGAAAAAACCAAGAAAGAGAUGACAUCUAAGGGUUCCAGUGCAAUAGAAGUUAUCCUGUCAACCCUAGAGAAUACAAACGAUCCUCAAACUAUUCUAAAUAUAUUGAGUAUCCUCAUUGAAUUAGUCUCUGUUGGGUGUGGUCGGAGAGCAGGCAUCUUGGUCACCAAAGGAGGGACACAGAUCUUAUUGCAGGUGCUUUUGGAUGCAAGCAAAGAAUCUCCACCAAAUGAAGAAUUAAUGGUGCUUCUUCAUACCCUUCUUGCAAAAAUUGGUCCAAAAGACAAAAAGAUUGGCAUGAAAGCAAGAAUUAAUGGUGCCCUGAACAUAUCACUAAAUUUAGUGAAGCAGAAUUUGCAGAACCACAGGCUAAUAUUGCCUUGUCUUCAAGUAUUAAGAAUUUAUUCAACUAACUCUGUAAAUGCAGUGUCCUUAGGGAAGAAUGGAGUGGUUGAACUGAUGUUUAAGAUCAUUGGACCUUUUAGUAAAAAGCACACCAGCCUUAUGAAGGUUGCUUUAGACACACUUGCUGCAUUGCUAAAAUCAAAAACAAAUGCCAGGAGAGCAGUAGAUAGAGGAUAUGUACACAUUCUUUUAACUAUUUAUGUCGACUGGCACCGUCAUGAUAGUCGACACAGAUAUAUGCUGAUACGAAAAGGAGUUUUACAAUGCAUUAAAAGUGUAACAAACAUCAAAUGGGGAAGGAAAGCAUUCAUCGAUGCAAAUGGGAUGAAAAUUCUUUACAACACUUCACAAGAGUGCCUUGCAGUAAGAACUCUUGAUCCGCUCGUCAACACAUCCAGCCUAAUAAUGAGAAAAUGUUUUCCUAAAAAUCGUCUUCCUUUACCAACUAUUAAAAGUGCUUUUCACUUCCAACUCCCAGUUACUCCUGCCAGUGGUCCUGUGGCUCAAAUGUACAAUUUGCCUCCUGAUGUGGAUGAUGUAGUAGAUGAAAGUGAUGACAACGAUGAUGCUGAAACAGAAUCAGAAGUUGAAACUGAAGAUGACAAGGACCACAAUUUUAAGAAUGAUGAUAUCGAAACUGAUAUUAAUAAACUGAAACCUAGACAGGAAUUGGGACGACCCUUAGAAGAACUGAAAAUGUAUGAGCAGUUUUUUCCAGAACUUACUGAAAACUUUCAGGAAUGCGAUUUAGUUUCCAGGGAACCAAAGUCUUUUGUACCUGAUGCAAAUCUGGGUGGACCUAUUGUUGUUCCAACAGCAGGAGAGGAGUUCUCAGCUGAAGCAAAUCCAUCAGUGGUAGGAAUUUCUUUGAAGGAGAGCAAUCCAUUAUCGGCAGAGGAAUACAGUAGAAGGCCAGCUUUUCUGGAGCUACCAAAGAAAGAUAGUAUCAAAGACAGUAGCUUACUUCAGCAAAAUGUUCAAAGGAAUCUGCUGCCGUCAUGUCAGUGUCUAAGCCAAGAAAUUGUGAAAGGCUUUGACAGAAUCAGUCUGCAAAACACUUCAGAAAAUGAGCAGUAUUGUGCUACAGGGUGUGUUAUAAAAAAAGAAAACCAAAGAAGCCUUACCCCACUUGCUUGCAGUAAAACUUGUGAACAUGUUUCACCCUGUGGAAGUAGCCUUUUUGAAGGAUCAUCUGUCCAUCUGGGGAAAUUCUGCUGCACUGGAGUGGAGUCAGAGGAGGAGGAUUCCAAAUCCAGUUCAUCAGGGGAACAAGUGGUUCUUGAGGUUUCUGAUGUAUCUCCUGUUCAUGACUGCGAUCUUUAUAUUGAAAUGGUGAAAACCACAAAAUCUAUUCCUGAAUAUACAGAAGUGGCCUAUCCAGAUUAUUUUGGCCAUAUUCCACCCCCAUUUAAAGAGCCUAUCUUGGAAAGGCCUUAUGGAGUGCAGAGGACAAAAAUAUCUCAGGACAUUGAAAGACUUAUUCAUCAAAAUGACAUUAUUGACAGAGUUGUGUAUGACCUCGAUAAUUCCAGCUGUUCAGUACCUGAAGAAGUAGAUGUUUUGAAGUUUAAUUCCAAAUUUGAGUCUGGAAACCUGCGCAAAGUCAUUCAGAUCAGAAAAAACGAGUAUGAUCUAAUUCUGAACUCAGAUAUAAAUAGCAAUCAUUAUCAUCAAUGGUUUUACUUUGAAGUCAGUGGAAUGAAAACAGGCAUUGGUUACCGGUUUAACAUCAUCAACUGUGAAAAGUCAAACAGUCAGUUUAACUACGGUAUGCAGCCACUUAUGUAUUCUGUUCAGGAAGCACUAAAUUCUCGACCCUCUUGGACUCGUGUUGGAGCAGAUAUUUGUUACUAUAAGAAUCAUUUUUCAAGAAGUUCGAUUGCUGCUGGUGGUCAGAAAGGAAAAUCUUAUUAUACAAUUACUUUCACAGUGACUUUUCAGCAUAAAGAUGAUGUGUGCUACUUUGCUUACCAUUAUCCAUAUACGUACUCAACACUGAAGAUGCACCUUCAGAAGUUGGAAUCUAUGCACAACCCUCAACAGAUAUAUUUUCGGCAAGAUGCUCUCUGUGAAACUCUGGGUGGCAACACUUGUCCCGUAGUCACUAUUACAGCCAUGCCAGAAUCAAAUUACUAUGAACAUAUCUGUCAAUUCAGGAAUCGUCCUUACAUUUUCCUAUCUGCUCGUGUACAUCCUGGAGAAACUAACUCAAGCUGGGUUAUGAAAGGAACACUGGAAUAUCUUAUGAGUAAUAACCCAAGUGCCCAGAGUUUACGAGAAUCUUAUAUUUUCAAAAUUAUUCCCAUGCUCAAUCCAGAUGGUGUCAUCAAUGGGAACCACCGUUGCUCUUUAAGUGGAGAAGACUUAAACAGACAGUGGCAAAAUCCAAAUCCAGAUCUGCAUCCCACAGUUUACCAUGGUAAAGGCUUACUGCAAUAUCUAGCUGCUAUAAAGCGUUUGCCUCUGGUUUACUGUGAUUAUCAUGGUCACUCUCGCAAAAAGAAUGUAUUUAUGUAUGGCUGCAGCAUCAAAGAGACCAUGUGGCACACAAAUGUUAAUACUGCCUCUUGUGAUAUAAUGGAAGACCCUGGUUACAGAGUACUCCCAAAGAUCUUGAGUCAAACUGCCCCAGCAUUCUGUAUGGGCAGCUGCAGCUUUGUGGUGGAAAAGUCCAAGGAGUCAACAGCACGAGUUGUUGUCUGGAGGGAGAUAGGAGUACAGAGAAGCUACACAAUGGAAAGCACAUUAUGUGGCUGUGACCAGGGCAAGUACAAGGGUUUGCAAAUAGGGACAAGAGAACUGGAGGAAAUGGGAGCCAAGUUCUGUGUUGGCUUACUGCGUUUAAAAAGAAUGGCUUCCCCUUUGGAGUACAAUCUGUCUUCUGGUCUGCUGGAUAUUGAAAAUGAGCUGAUCGAGUCAAGCUGUAAAGUGACAAGCCCUACAACAUAUGUUUUGGAUGAAGAUGAGCCUCGCUUCCUUGAAGAAGUUGAUUAUAGUGCAGAGAGUAAUGAUGAUCAAGAUGUUGAAUUAGCUGAUAAUGUGGGUGAUUAUGAGGCCAGCAACCAAGAAGAUGGACUCUCAGACUCAGAUUCAACAAGGAUACGCCUUUCUUGAAGCGCCUUUGAAGCUGGUAAUAAGAAACGAGGAAUCUUGGGUUCUCAGAGCCACAUACUUCCUCGCUCACGUCUACUAAGGGGAUAAGCUUAAGGAACCACAAUAACUGGAUCCUUUCAAGCUCAAGGACAAUAAAUAUUUCUGAUUUUCUCAUAAAUUGGCACUUGUUUUAUUUAAGGAAUACUGUGUUUUCUCUGAGCAUGAACUAGAUAAAUUUCCUUACUGGUUCAUUUUCUACUGAGUAGCAUUGCAUGGCAUUUUGUGUCCUUAAAGCCUAUCAUCAAAAAAAUGGGUUAUAAUUCAUGGUGUGUCAGGAUGCAGAAAUGAAUUCUUUGUGGUACAGUUGCUUCCUGAAAAAUUCAUCUGUACAGAUUUUUUAAAUUAUGUUUGUAUGUGUGUGCAUAUGCGUGUGUGUAUUAUGAGGUGAAAAGGUUAUUUUUCAACAUUAUGUUAAUACAGAUACUUGAUUGUGUUUGCAAUAAUGUAGUGCCUGCUCUGAAAACAUUUGAUAAUUACCAACUUAAAAAUGAAAAAGUGAUGUAGGAAUUGUUGCUCUUGUUUCUUGCUUCUGAGGAUUGUAUGAUGUUACCACAGUAUUAGCUGAAACUGUGACAUCUGUUCAUAGUACAAGAGUUCUGCACUGCAACCAAUUCAGCCUGUAUUCACGAGAAUUGUAAUGCUUCUUUAAAAGUCUUUCCCACUAAAAUACCUAUGGUUUAAUAGGAAAAUAUUUUUUUUUUUUUUUUAUUUUUUUUUUUUUUCUGAAGUGUAUGUGACUACAAGUGAUUAGAUGUAUACACUGUAUAUAUGUUUAGCUGCCCAGCUUCUUGUUUUGUUUUGUUUGGUAUAUACUUAGUUAUGGAGUUCAGUUUACUUUGGGCACAUUGAUGUAUAUAUCCAAUUUAAAUGCUCAAAGAGGGAAAGUCCAGUUUUGUUGGAACAUCUUUUAAUUGGUCUGAGUUCAGUGUUAACCCUCCUCUGAGAAGAAGAUUGGACUAUGUAGCCUCCUGAGCUCCUUUCCAGCCUGAAAAAUUGUGCUAUGAUUUUAUAUUCUUCAUGUUUAAAGCUGUCAGACAUGAAGUUUUUACUUUUUUGUCUUCUGUCAUCUGCCAGCUCCUGUUGCUUCUUAUCUCUGCUUAGUAUGUAAUGCAAAAAUGUAAUGCAAAAAUGAAGUUGCACACUUUUAUUUACAAAACUCAAAUGUUUUGCAAUGAAAAAUAUUUUUCCAAAGGAUUUUCACUGGAUGUGACCCCACUGCAGCAUCCAUUUUCUGUUGCAUGUGCAGAGUCUUAAAGAGCAUGAAGAAUAACACUCAUAAAUUGCAGAAGGGUUUAAUUGAUGAGAACACUGUGUGCAUUUACUGUUGCAAAUGGAACCAUAUUCUGAAGGGGCAGGGUGCUAUUGGCAGAAGGAUUAAAAUAAAUCAGGGAAUUAACUAUAUUGAAUCAUUAAUGCUCGGAAACUGUUUUUCACCAGGAUUUGCCAUUUCAAAUGGAACACUGAUUUCUGAUGCCUGACUGUAUUGUUCUAAUUCUGAAAAUGGGAAAGGGUUUCUGGCCGUCUGGUGUUAUGCUGCAGUAUUUUUGUUUAAAGAUUUAUAUUUAUGUUAAUAAUAGUCACAUACUGUGGAGAUGUGAGGCUAUAAUGAAGUUGGAUUCUUAUCCCCAUAUGUAUUUGUCUAGUGAAAAUAAUAAUUUCUUGUGUUCUUAGAACUAUGUACUGUGAAUAAGAAAGCUUAUUGUCAAAGUUCAACACCUGUUGAAGAGGUGUUCCCUGCAGUGAAGGUGCAGGAGAAUUACCUGCCAGGAAGGAGGAUUGAACUUACCACAAAGUUUGAAAUAUCUUUAAAUUGACCCAGUGAAUGCAGUGCAAAAUGCUCUUAUUAAAGUGCUACUUUACUAGGUCUCUGCAUGAAUAGAUUUUCAUCCUUAUGGAUUCAUACAUCAGUAACUUGGGUAAAUAAUUUUGGCUUGAAUUUUGGAAGGUGCAGAAUGCCAAGUGUUAGUUAACCCAACUGUGCAUAUUUCCUUAGUUCCCUCAUGAAUUUGUAUUAAUCCUGGAACAUUUUUUUGCGCACUACAGACAAGAUUAGAAAUGUGCUAGAUCCAAUUAGAAAUAAUUCUGGUUCGGUAGUAAAAAAAAACCAAAUCCGGUAUUUUCAUCCAAAGUAAACACACAUCUAUGUACUCAUGUCCUGUACAGCUUCUAGAUAGUGUAAAAAAAGAAGUUACAAAUGACUUACAUAAUGACUCAGGAUAACAGGCACUUUUCUAAAAUAUUGUUCUUUUCAUGCAUUAGAUUCUAAGGUAGUUGAAAAAUAGAUUUCUAUAUUUGAUUAGAUGUCAAGCUGUCAGUUGUGGGUCUGAACUACUUCAGUGCAGUUCCAGUACAAGAGUGAAGCUUUAUCUUUACCUUGCAUGUUGUGGGAAGUGCAAAGGCCAUGUGUCUGGCAUGCUUUUCUGCACCUUGUUUGCAGGUACAUCUUUCUGAAAGGCCCAGUCUCCAUUUGCGCCCACAGGGAUGCAGGUUCUUGAGUGGAGCAGCCACGGCACCAGAUACUUCACUUAUUUAUCCCUUCUCUAUUACUUGUUGCCACUACUAACAACAUUGUUGGCAUUCACACUCCAGUGUGAAAACUACAUUAGUAGUUUGGUGAGAAGUUUGACAGCUUAGCUGAAACUGGAAUAGUUGGGGCUUGAGCACGUGCUGCUCUGUUACAGAGGCAUUCACCCCUAUUAAUUGGUCAGAACAGGAGCAGAGAAUGGCAGCUCCCUAUCUGCCACAGAACAGUCUAUCAUGGCCUGACCCAGAGAUCUUUGUUUUGUGUAUUGGCACUUCAAUAUAUUUUUGGUUUUAAAUAACGCUCUUUUACUAUAAGCAUGACUAAUUCUCUACGAGAAAAGGAGUAAUGUCUUUUUCUUGUAACAAACAAAAAUUAGAUUUGUGUUAUUUACUGUCUGUCUUCUAAGCAAUUGCUGAAUGAUGAAUUCCUUUGUUCCCUUUCCAGGUAUCAUUCAAAUUGCAGCUAAAAUUUGAUAUUGUGUUUUUACUGGUUACAUCACCAGUAAUGUAACUACAACCAAAUCUGCUGCUCGUGCCGAAGUAUCAUAGUAUCAUAGUCAUAGCCUCGUGCGGGUUGGAAGGGACCUUAGAGAUCAUCGAGUCCAACCCCCCAGGAUUCUAGCCUCUGUGUAGCAGAGCGGCACUUCUACCACUUGCGCCACAGGGGGGAUCUGAACCCAGGGCCUCCGGUGUUGCAAUGCGGCAUUCCUACCACUUGCGCCACCGGGGCACCCAGUCUUCUCUGGGUGUUUCUGGAGGUGGAUUGCUUUAUCAGGGAGAGCUGAUUUUAUUCUCAGAUAAGACUGCAGUAGCAGUAAUGGCAGUUCCCAAAAUGCAAGAAUUCCAGGUUUCAGAGAGUUACCAUUGUAAUGCUGUGAUAGAUAUACUUGUUGCAGUGUUAUUAUGCAUGCCUCAAGUAACAGUACUUAUUAAUAAAAAUAUAUAAUAAAGAAUGAA